AUGAAUAGUGGUCGGGAGAUUAUCAAUAAAAGUAGUUUAUUAAAUAAUUUUUAUUUUAAUAAAAGACAAGUCAUUAAGCUUCUCAGAAGUAACAAAAGUUAUAGUGCUAUAAGUACUGCUAAAAGACUUUCUACCUGUAGAAACAAAAGGAAGAGGAGCCAAAGGAGAGUUACAUCUCUAUCUUGGUUCUUUCUAAAAGUUAGAAUGCUUAGGAGUAGUAUUCAAAAGAAGUGGUCUUUAAUAAAAGUAAUGGCCAAUCACUUGAAAGGAGUAGAACUCCGAGAACAGCUUGCUAGGGAGUCUCCAGAACUGGUAGACUCUUUAGUAUAUACAAGAAAGCAUCGUAGAAAAGAUGCUGGUUUCACUUUCUGUGUAAUAAGAAAGUCGAAAAAAGAAGAAUUUCUUGAAACCAUGAAUACCCUUGGCUUAGAGACACUAAAAGAUAAUCCCACUGUUGACAGGGGAGGAUUAAGGAAAGGAUGUAAGAUUAUGAAGCAGGCAAAACUUUGUAGUCUUAACAUCAACCAUCUCUAUGGAAAGAAGGAAGAUUUAGAAAUUCUUCUAAAAGUAGAGAAGCCAACAGUUUUGUGCUUGCAAGAAACCUGGAAGAAGACUUCAGGACUUACAAAGCUAGAAAAGUACAUGGUUGUAGAGACACCAGCCAUAGGAAAGAACAGGCCAGGGUUAAUGACAUUGGUUAGAAAAGGCGGAGCUGUAAGAUGCACCAAAAAAGGUAAUGAUGACAACAUACUGCAAGCAGUAGUUGAAUUCAAGACUAGUACAGGAUGGACCAAGAUACUCGUUAUCAACGUCUAUGUACCACAGGACAGAGAGUUAAAACCAUUAAUUCUCAGUAAACUGAUUAAUCUUCUUAAUGUUGAGAAGGAUAAAAGAUGCUACAAGGAGAUUGUAGUCAUGGGGGAUAUGAAUACCAAGGAUUCAUCCCUUAAGAAGAAGCUCGUUGGUGGAGGAUUAAACCCUCUACUCAACUACAACAGAAUGUCAGGAACUAGAAUCCUGAGCAACGGUAAAGUAUCUGGAAGGCGUAUAGAUACGAUCUUCAGAGUACUGAAACAAGAUAGUGAGAAAAUCAAGAUCUCACAAAGAUGGUCCUGA